UUUGUGUGAUCGCGCGCGUAAAUAUUGUUGCUAUUCAGAGUUGAGUUUUUUGCAGUGCGCCUGUGCAAACACACGUGACUCAAUUCAGGCAUGCAGAAUUUUUUCCAAUCGAUUCCAAAAUCACCAAUUUUUUUUCAACGAUGGAUGCUUUUAGAUUGUUGACAAAAGGUGCACGAUUCGAUUCAAAACCAAAUCGUUUUCAAACAAACAAAUCUAAACAAUUAAAAUCCAAUGAUGAUGAUAAUGAAACAAGAAUCAACAACGAAAAUCAAUCGAUGAAUGAUGAAGAAUUUCGUACCAAACAUGAUAUUAUGGUCGAUGGAAUCGAUCAGAUUAAAUCACCAAUCAAAACAUUUGAUGAAAUUAAUGUAAAUUAUUUACGAGAAAAUCUUCGAAAAGGUAAUUAUCAUCAACCUACACCUAUACAAAUGCAAACCAUUCCAUUAAUGUUGGAUCGACAACAAUUAAUUGCAAGUGCACCAACUGGUUCGGGUAAAACAUUAGCAUUUCUUUUGCCAAUAAUUAUACAAUUAGAACGACCAAAAUCCUGUGGUUUUCGUGCAAUCAUCCUAGCACCAACACGUGAAUUAGUUAAACAAAUUCAUCGUGAAUCAUUAUGGAUAUCCGAAGGUUCAGGUCUACGCAUUCAUAUGAUUAAAAAUGUUAAUUUAGCAUCGAAAAAAUUUAAUUCAAAAUCCAAAUUAAAAUAUGAUAUAUUGAUUACGACACCUAAACGAUUAGAAUAUCUGUUAUCACUGAAAACAAUCGAUACAACAAUCAAUAUUGAUAAUCUUGAAUGGCUUAUUAUCGAUGAAUAUGAUCGAUUAUUUCAAUCAACAUUUAUGAAACAAUUAUCAACAAUAUUUAAUAUUUGUUUUGAACGAUCAUCAUUAGUAAAAUUAGCAUUAUUUAGUGCAACAUUUAAUCAAUAUUUAUAUGAUUGGUGUAAAUUAAAUCUAAAUAAUAUUAUUACGAUUAUUAUUGGUCAACGAAAUAAAGUUGUUGAAUCGAUUGAACAAAAAUUAAUAUUUACCGGUAAUGAAUCGGGAAAAUUAUUUGCAUUAAAAGAAUUAAUUGCAAACGGUUGUCAAACACCUGUAUUAAUUUUUGUUAAUACUGUACGUAAAGCAAAUUUUCUACAACGUGAACUUGAAGAUACAAUGAACAUAUCAAUCGAUACAAUACAUUCGGAUAGAAAACAAGAAAUUCGUGAUCAAAUUGUUCGAUCGUUUCGUGAAGGAAAAAUUCUAUUUUUAAUUUGUACCGAAUUAAUGGGCCGUGGAAUUGAUUUUAAAGCUGUUAAUUUAGUUAUUAAUUAUGAUUUACCUAGUUCACUGGUUGCUUAUAUUCAUCAUGUUGGUCGAACUGGACGUGCUGGUCGUUCAGGUAUGGCCAUUACUUUUUAUACAUUGAAAAAUGAUCGAAAAAAUUUACUUUCAAUUUUGAAUGUUAUGCGUCAAUCUGGAUUUGCUGCCGAUAUUCCACAACAUCUUCAAAAGAAAAUGAUUGCAAAUCCAAAACAAAACAUGGAAACGAAAAAAACAACAAAACAAAAA